AUGGACACACACAUCAGACCUAGCUACAAGCCAGGCCUUACUGAUCGGUUGCUGGUGGGCAUAUUUCACUUGAUCAACAAGCUCAUACCCUGGCACAAGCUGCCCGCGAUCGUUGGCGCGCUGAACCUCGAAGCUUUGCGUGUCGAGCUCCGCGAGUACAACUUGCAUGAUGGAUACCCGUCCGGCGUCUACCAAGGUACCCAGACCACCGAUCCCAUGACCGAUGAGCGCUUCGAAUAUGCUCGCAAUUCAGAUGGAAAGUUCAAUUCGACGGAGAUGCCACGCAUGGGAUGUGCGUUCCAAAGAUUUGGGCGGAAUUUCCCUCGAGGAUUGACCAUCAAGCCAACAGAGGAUGAACUGUGGACUCCAAACCCGAGGAUGCUGAGUGAUCGUUUCAUGGCACGUAAGACUUUCAUCCCGGCAACAACGUUGAACUUGCUGGCGGCAGCUUGGAUCCAAUUUCAAACCCAUGACUGGUUCUUUCAUGAGAGCAGCGACGAAAACUUCGACGUCCCUCUGCCCACGGGAGACAGUUGGCCACAUGGCAAAUUGCAAUUCCCAAAAACAAAGCCAGAUGAGGUUCUCAGUCAAACAGACAUCGAGUGUCCUGGCUACAGAAACGAGAACACCGCGUGGUGGGACAGUUCUCAAAUCUACGGGUCCAGUGAAGCCGCGACAAAGUCACUCAGAAACCUAAACAGUGAUGGCAAGUUGACCCUGACCAAGGAAGGUCGCGUGGAAUUUAUCCCCCGUGACGCCGACGGCAACCCCUUGACCGGAUUCAACAACAACUGGUGGAUAGGGAUGGAGAUGCUGCACACCCUGUUCGCCCUCGAGCACAACACCAUUUGUGACAUGCUGCGCCGGGCAUAUCCCUCCUGGACAGGAGACCAGAUCUUCGACAAAGCCCGACUUGUCAACUGUGCCCUCAUGGCCAAGAUCCAUACCGUGGAGUGGACGCCUGCUAUCCUCGCCCAUCCCACCUUGAAGAUUGCCAUGAAUGCCAACUGGUGGGGUCUCGUUGGCGAGUCCUUGACCAAAAUGCUAGGUCGCAUCUCGAAGACUAGCGAGGUCAUCAGUGGCAUCCCAGGCUCGGGAGUAGAUCAGUUCGGAGUGCCGUACUCUCUGACAGAGGAAUUUGUCUCUGUGUACAGAAUGCACUCCCUCAUCCCGGAUACAAUCGCCUUCUUCAACGCCAAAGAUGGCGGACACACUUCGACUGUUCCUGUGGAGAAUAUGCUUUUCAAAGACGCCCAGACACCCCUGGACAACGGUUUAUCUUUCGCUGAUGCGUUUUAUUCCUUCGGCAUCAACUACCCCGGCGCCAUUACGAACUCGAAUUAUCCGGAUUUCCUGCGCAAUCUGACCACACCAGACGGCGUACAUCGCGACAUGGGCACUGUGGACAUUCUGCGCGACCGUGAGCGAGGUGUGCCUCGGUACAACCAGUUCCGUCGUCUGUUGCGCAUGCCGGCUCCCAAGACAUUCGAAGAACUUACUGGUGGCAACAAGGUUCUUGCGCAGGAUCUCUCAGAUGCGUACAACGGAGACAUCGAGCUCGUUGACGCACUCGUCGGGUCUCAUAGUGAGCCUAUACCAGCAGGGUUUGGGUUCAGUGACACUGCCUUCCGUGUCUUCAUUCUCAUGGCAAGCCGACGCCUAAAGAGCGAUCGAUUCAUCGCCGGACAGUGGAAUGCAAAGACGUAUACAAAGGAAGGUCUGGACUGGGUUCAGAACAACGGGAUGAAAGACGUAUUGUCAAGACACUUUCCGGAGUUGAGGGACGUCUUGAAGAGCAGCAAGAACCCGUUCGCGCCGUGGAGCAAAUUGCCAAAGUCGACGGUGUAUGAUGGCAUCGAAACCAAUGAGCCAAAGAAGUGA